AUGUUCGAGGGCGCGGUCGCUGGGAUCUUGAACCGCCUCCUCGGCAAGUAUGUUCAAGACCUGGAUACUGAACACCUCAACGUGGGCAUCUUCUCCGGGAACGUCAACCUCACAGACCUUAAACUAAAACCGGAAGCUCUGUAUGAAUUAGAUUUGCCCAUCGAUGUAAAGAUCGGAACUAUCGGCAAAGUCAAUCUACAAAUACCGUGGUCGGGUCUGUACACGCAGCCCGUGGUGGUUCACAUCGAAGAUGUUUUAAUACUGGUGGGUCCAGCCAUCUCAAACAGCUACUUUGAUCCUGAACGCGAAAGGCGUCUCACAAGGGCAGCCAAACGAAAAAUCCUCCAAGAUCUAGAAGCGGAGAGCGAAAUACUCAAAGGCCCACAAAAUUUCUUCGAGAAUCUGUUCACGGCCAUCGUAAAUAAUUUACAGAUUUAUAUUCGUAAUGUCCACGUGAGAUAUGAAGACUCCAUAAGCUCCAAGGACGGGCCCCUGGCUUGCGGAUUAUGUCUGCAGAGUCUCUCCAUUGAAACCACUAACAGUAAAUGGAAGUCAUCAACGACCCCAGCCAACGCGUCGACCGUGUACCAGAUGAUGCGUAUUGAGUCUCUGUCGCUUUACUGGAACCCGACAGCCACGGCCUUAGAUGACGCUGAAGUGGCCAACAUAACCCCGAUACAGUAUUACAACUGGAAGCACUACAUGCUCACAGGACUUGACAAGUUCUCCAUGCAUCAUGAGGACUUCGAGUUCUUAUUGAAGCCUGUAACCUGCAAGGUGAAAGUCAUCAUCAAUCGUUCAGGAGAGGCUCGGGUACCUCGACUACUGCUGGAUGCUGUGCUGCAAGACAUCGCCCUCCAGCUAUCACGGCGGCAGUACCUGUCAGUACAUAACCUGCUUAUGUCAUUCCAAAGGAUAACUCUUAAUAGGAAAUACCGUCAUCUACAUCCUGGAAUACCUCUCACAAAGAAUGUAAAGAAAUGGUGGAAAUAUGCAUACAACGUGGUAGUAGAACAACGGGUCAGGCCUUACACCUGGGCCGCUAUAAAGAAACACAGGGAGAACUAUGACGCUUAUAAGAAAAUGUAUAAGAGUACUCUCAGGAGCCCGAAUGACAUUGAAAUAAAACUCGACUUGCAGAAAUGUGAAGAUAAUCUACCAAUUAUAUCUGUAGUUAUUGCGAGGGAACACGCCAAGUUCGAACUCUUAGCCCAAGAACCAGACAGGAUAGAGGUGGUGGAGACUGAAUUCGACUGGUGGAGGCCAGACUCACAGUCUGAGACCGAAGGUAUGGAGCUGUGCGUUAAGACGGAGAGAGGACGGAGUAUAUGGAGCCAUCUCUCCAGUCCUGAGAGAAGGAGGGUCUGCGAGCUGAUUGAUUACGCAGAAGGAGCAAGGGAUCGUUCUAAGCAAUAUAUUGAGCACAAAUUAAAUUUGACACUUGCGAACUGCACCUUUACCCUGAUGAAUCGCAGUAAGGAAGUGCUGGUGGUGAACCUCACGCAGUUCCUCGUCUCCUUAGAGACCAGACCAGCAGCUAAAGCUUAUAAGGUAUCAGCACGGACAGAAAGCAUCGUGGUAGAAGGAAUGUCUGAUGGAGAUCUAGUUCCAUUACUUCUAACCGCUCAAGGGUCUUUAGGUACAACUGUACUAGCUUUAGAUGUUGAGAAAAAUCCGGCAAACAGUCACGCGGAUUUAGGAGUUACAUGCCACGUUGAACCGAUAGAACUUAUUUAUGUUGAGCACGCGUUUACUGAACUUAUAAAUUUCUUCCAAACUCACUCAAUGACGUCCGAGGAACUGUCAGAACAAGUCUCGAAUGCGGUAGAACAAGUGACUGAAGCGAGUAAGGCCGUGCUAGCUCAUGCAAUAAGCAGAAGACAUGUGCUUCAUCUGAAUGUGGACAUAAAGGGUCCCGUUAUUGUGCUGCCAGAGCAUGGAUGUCUUUCUAAAGCCGGCCGCGUGAUGGUGAUCGAUGUGUCUCGAUUGGUGGUGAAGUCGGAGCUACAGCCGCCGGAGCCAGCCCUGGAGGACGCCACGUGUAUGGAGUUGGAGGAGAGGCUUUAUGACAGGUUUCAUGCGGAGUGUAUCUUACAGAUCAUUCUAUCCGAAGCAUCAUGCUGGCGUGAGGCGCGGAAGACACAGUCUUCAGCGUUGAUCCCGCGACUGAGGGCUCUCCUAGUCUUCUCCACCAGCAUUAAGAAAGAAUAUCGACUGUUGCCCAGAUAUAAACUAAACAUAUCACUCUCGAGUUUGAAGAUCAAUCUAUCUGAUCGUGUUAUUGGACACCUCCUGGACUUCUUUGACAACUUCCCCAUCCCGGUGCCGAAUACCGUGCCUGUGUCUUUCAUGGAUUCUGGAGAUUAUGUCGAAGAACACGAAGACCCGGAACUUCUGGAGGUUCUGGAAUUAGACAGAGUGACCGCAGACCCAGGAUACAAAGAUCUUGUCAGACUGAGGCAGAAAAUUGUGGCAGCGUAUUUUAGCCGAAAUAGGGCUGAAAGCAAGGCAGAUGGUGACAGCAUGAGAUCUCCAAUGGAGGAGUCCGUUCCUCUCGCGGAGAUCAGUGACGAGGACGUCGAGGAGUUCGCUCGUUCUGUUGACCUGCCCGGCUUUGAUGAUAACGUGUCACCAAGCAACACUAUUGACACACUCAUGAGAUUCAUUAUAGGUGAGAUAGUAAUAAACCUGAACCGCUCCAGCGAGCUCACUGAUAAGCCUUACCUGAUGCUGGUGGUGAGCGCGGUGUGCGCAGACGCUGCUCUCAUGCGUUACGGACCAGCUCUACAACUGUCACUCGCAUCCGUGCUGCUCGCAGACAAACAACACUGCACCAGCUCUGGACAAUACUUGGAGCUGCUGACCAGUUCCGGAGAACUGUUUAAUUUACUUUAUCGUAAGGUACGUGCCAACUGUCCCGAGUUCAGAUCUCACUUCCACAACGUUGAGCAGGCACUGGUGGCUGACACAGGACCCUUAGUGCUGUGUGCCCACGCUCCCGCGCUCACUGCUAUGUGCAACUACCUGCAGUAUGUAAGAAGGAAAAUACAGAAGCGUCACACUGUGAAUAUAAAGAAUCUGAUAUUGCCGAGAACUACAACGAUGUGGGACUAUCUGAUGACUCCAGAAGCUGACCCGCCGGUGCCGCCCGGGGCUACCAAGUUCAGUUAUUCCAUGAGAGUUUCAUCAAUAACAGCGCGUCUCUGUCACGCGGAGAGCGCCUUGGUGGAGGCGCGUAUCACUUCUUUAGAGAGUGACUGUGUGUUCCGAGCCAACGACAGGUUGAUCUUCAAGCUGUUCCUGGGCUCGCUGCAGGUGGAUGACUUAGCUGAAGCCACGCUCUAUCCCAAGUUGGUGUGGCCCGACGAGGACAAAGUCUUAGAGUUGAAGUACGUUCGUGCUGCAAUCGGUGCCCGAGCUCGUCAUGACGCCGAGCUUAGGGUACGGGUCGGCCGGCUUCAUGCUGUGAUGAUGUGCUCCAUGCUGUGGCAGUUGCAACAAUUCCUGGAGCCUCUGAUUCCCAAUUCGGCGGCCAACGAGGCUGCGGCUGCUGCUGAGAGAGUGGCCCAGGAGAGGGCGCGGGCAAUAAGAGCAGCACCCGUCAAGGUCAAUUUGGCUAUUGAGAUUCAUGCUCCAGUUCUACUUCUACCACAAAAACCUUCUUCUCCAAACUUAUUAGUUUUAAACAUGGGUGACCUCUUGAUCGAAAACUUCUUCAAGUCGGUUAACGCGAGUUUGGAGGCGAACACUCCUAUACAGAGCCCCGUCAUUGAUAACGUGCUGAUAAAACUCGUCAAUAUUACUCUUUCUCGUGCCGUUAUGACGCUGGCUGGGACUUUAGAAGUACAGGAGCCGAUCCUGGAGCCGAUUUCAGUGAGAUGUGACCUCAAGCACACAGUCAGCUACGUGCACAUCAACUCGGCUCAUAGAGACCUGCUGCUGUGUGAGGCGGAUGUAGUCAUGGAUACCGUCACUAUCAACCUUGGACAGAAGGACCUCGCGACCGUGCUCGCUGUGUGGACUGAUAACUUGAGCGAGGGACAUUACAUUGAAAGCAUUGUCCCAAGUUCACCGGUCGAGCUGGCACCGUCUGAAGCGACGGUUAAGAAACUACAGGCGUUUUUCGCUCAAGGUGAUCCAGUUAAAAAGGAAUCUGUUUUCAGAUUUUCUUUGGAAGGUAUCGAGUUAAAACUGUUUUCGGAUAUGGAUGAAAUACUCAGUUCUCCGGUUCGUGAUCUUAAUCAUGGUCUGGCUAAGCUAACAGCUGGAGAAGCGAACCUACAUGUAGACUACUUUUCUGAUGGAAGUAUGGAGGCCAAAGCCAGCCUUCAAAGCCUACUAGUUGAGGAUAUUAGACAAGACUCCGGUGUUGUGAUUAGAAGGAUCCUAGAAUCCCAAGGUGGUGGUAAGGUCGCUGGUUCAGGAUUCUCAGUAUCUCGUCCAGCGCUUAUAGAAUGUGGUUUAAGACGGUCAGCGAGGGCGACAACCUUAGAUGCGAGGGUUGAGAGGACAAGACUCAACCUGUCGCUGCCAUUCUUACUGCGUCUGGCGAGGACGCUUUUGGAUGCAUUGCCAGGCGAAAGACUAUUAGAAGGUGGAGUAAUAAAUCACGGAUAUGUAGGAGAUGCUCCUCGUCCGCGCACCCGGCCAGCCUCGACUGAUUCUACAAGUGGAUAUUUCUCUACUGCAACAUCAAUAUGUGAGGAUAUGCCAAGUUUAUCAAUAUCCAUACAAUGUCGGCAGCCAGAGAUAAUGUUUUUCACCGAUCUGACCAAAACCGAGGGUCACGCCAUUCUUCUACGGACUGAACUUCUUAUAGAUUACUCCAGCCAUUCUAACACGGAAAGUCUUGUCAUUUCGUUAGCUGGCUUACAAAUGAUGUCCAAACUGCAGUCCAAACUAAAGAAUCUGCCACCUCAGUUGGUUCUGAAGCCUUGUGAUCUAGAAUUUUCCAAGAGUUUCAAGACCAUGGAAGAAGGAAUUAUGGUUAAGUUAUCGAUUUCAGAAGUUGAUGUACAUAUCGCUCCAACAACCGUGCAUACUGUCAUGGACAUAAUAGAAGAAAUAACAACAGAACUUAUAGUUCCUGAUGAUAAGGAACUAUUUAAUUUUGCGACCUACAAUCCUCGUUCAGAGAAACAGGAUGAGGACCUCUGGGCUCCUAAAAAAAUAACACCAUACAUGGGCUACCCAGACAACAGUUACGUUCAACCUAAAUAUCCUACCAUGAGGUCUACUGAGACCUUCAUGUUGAAUGUGCCAAAAAUUCGUAUCACAUUUGAGAUAGAACACACUGUGAGGGUUCCAGUUUUAUUAGUUAAGCUAUCCUUGGAGGCAGUUCUUCAUGAGUGGUCUAGCGCCCUGCACGGUGGAGGUACAGUUCAUUUACUGGCACGCUGUUAUAACGAACGCGCAGCAGUUUGGGAGCCGCUACUGGAGACCGAAGUGGUCGACAACAUUUUAAAGCCAUGGGAGAUUACUGCUACUGUAUUCCAGGAGAAAUCCUACCCGAUAUCAUCGCGUCUAGAAUCUAAACAACAAGAAGAAACCGUGUGUGAUAGUGUUGCUGCAGAAUUAGUUAAGAAACCAAAGAAAAAAAAUGCUUUUGAAUCUGAAACUUCAGCUGACGAAGCUGAUACGGACAAUGAAAUGGUGUUCAUCAGAAAUCCUAAUGGAAAAGAAAAUAAAAACUACAAUAUGGACUAUAAAGUUGGAAACUUGUCAUUUUUAAAGAAAAUGGAUUAUGAAGAUUCUGAUUCUGACAAUGAAAAUGAAAAGGAUAAAUUGACGAAUGCUAUAGGACAUUUGUUUACAGAUAGUGACUCGAGCAUGGAUGAAAUAAGCAACGACGAAGAUUCUUCAGCACCAGAGCAGAGUGAAGCUGAAGCCAGCGAACGGGAAGAUGCUGAAGAAGUGGCGGUGUCGUUUGUAGACGGAGAAGAUAAGAAGAAGGGGGACAGUAAAAAUGUUACACUACAGGAACCAGAGAGAGAGGACAGUGUAGAUUCGUCAACAGAAGAUCGUUUGUGUACUUACAUCACACUUGAAGCGCGGUCACCACUGGAGGUGACGUUGGCCCCGGCUGCGGUGCGAGCGCUUCAAGCUCUUACAACUGCAAUAUGUGAUAGAACAGCUGCUGUGACUGCUUUAGUGGCGGGAGAGAACGGUCUGCAGUUGAUCAACGAUAUAGGUCCGGGUUCAACGGUGACACUUCGAACACACGCCCAGACUGACCUGGCCGGGAACGAUUACGUUCUUGCCGUCGCUGAUUAUGAUUCUGGCAGCCGGCCCAGCACUCCUGGUUGUGAUACAUCAGGUGCCGAUCUUCUGGAGGAUGAAGUAAAUAAAAAACAGGAGAUGACAGAUAUCAGCGAUGAGUGGGACUGUUUCGAAGGAGGUUUCGGUGCCUCAGCGCCAACAGGUUCAGAGCAUCAAUCACCCGUGGGCCAACCUUCCGUCGAGGAGUUGCGACGCCGCAUCACGGACUUGACACUAUCAGUCAAGUUGCUCGACUUUGACCAACUCAACAUCGUAUGUCCCCAACGUUCAGUGUCCAAGCUCCACGUGUUGCAUCCUAGUAGGAACAACACGCGCUACUACAUCGCAGUGGAACGCAGCGCCAGCUAUAACUACAAGAAGAUCGUGGUGCGGUCACCGUUGCAGGUUCGCAACGAAACUUCAUACGCUCUGGAACUCCUCUACCGUCAAUCAGAAUUGGAAGCAGCAGGAGCUGAACCCGUUGGUGCAGUCAGGAAUCCUUUCUGCGGCCUGGUGCGACUGGCUGUGCUCGCACCUCACGAUACUUACAAUGUGCCGCUAUACAUGGCCUAUCAUUGCCGUUUGUAUCUUCUGCCGAGCAGCAUCGAGAGUUAUCAAGCAUCAUCCCAGGGUCUAUGGUGGAUGGAGUUGGUAAAGGAAUUAGGGACGGCCAGGGAUUUAGUCUGUCCAGCCAUGGCUGAUGACGAUAACGGAGUUUUUGCAAUGAGAGUAUUAGCUGUGGAAGGUUGCAAAGCAAAUAAAGUGUCGAGAUCAAUACCGAACUUGUUGAUACGUAUCUUACCACCUCUGGCCCUUCACAAUCGGUUACCGUACGCGCUGCAAGUAUCAGGAGGAGCGUCCUUGAGGGUGGAGGCAGGCGAACGUGCUCAUCUUUAUCAUCUCCCUCCAUCGGACUCACACAGACUCACACUUGAGAUGCACUAUCUUGGAUUGCCGUGGUCGGGCUCGUUUACUUUGUCACCUGAUAUGGUUGAGAAGACGAUAAGCAUGACGACGGAAAUGGAAACAGAGGGUGGCAACAAACGUCUGUGUGUUCGUGCGAGACAACACGGCGGAGCUGACGGGGCGGAGGCCGAGAGACGAGUGCUGCUGUACGCUCCGGAGUGGAUCAUUAACAAGACUGGCCUGCCGCUGCAGAUAAAGGGUCACUCGGACACAUGCUACGAAUUAGCAGAUGAGCCUCUGCUGUGGUGUGAACGUGGCCGUAUAAGGGUUCGAGCUCACCAGUCAUGUUGGUCCCGUGCUGCACGCCCACACGCUCAUGCCCCGGGUUUGCUCGUGUGUGCUCAUGCAGAAAGACGGCAGAACUAUAGAAUGCUACUACAUGUAACCCUCUCGGAACUGUGCCCUCAGCUCACAAAGCUCGUGACUCUCCUGCCAUACUUCAUGGUAUUUAACGACACGCGUCGACCUUUGCGUUUCAUGGAAGAGAACGAAGCUGCCGAUCUUUGGCUGGACCUCAGCCCACAACAAUGUAUUCCCUUCUGGCCUCAAACUGACUCCAUGGCCAUGCAUGUCAAGUAUAGAGACUCCACAACCGUGUCUCAACAUUUCUCCAUUGUCAAGAAUCAUUUUACAGUACUCAGGAUGGAUAAGGGAACCGCCAUAUGUGUGGAUGUAACAGGAGGCACGGACAGGCCGUUCACGAUAACUUUCCGUCCGUACAACCCGGGCGACGCUCCCGUCAGAAUUGACAAUCUCUGUGACGAUCUGUUUCUAAAACUGCAUCAGGUCGACUCUGGUCAAGUGGCUUUGUUGAGUCCAUUUCAAUCUAUGCUGUAUACUUGGGACGAUCCGGUGAAGGAAAGAAGUCUUCUAUGGAACAUAUAUAACAAUAAGGGUAAAGGCUUCCUUGCAGAUUUCUCGCAGGAUGGAUUUGGCGAAGAAAAAGUUAGUUUUCAUUCAGUCAAGCAUUCCACACUAGUGGUGACAAAUAGUUACACUUCAAAAUUGUCUUCUACUUUAAAACGGUUGACUCCAAAAUCUCCGGAACCUGGUUCCUCCAGUAGUGGUGAUUCAGACAGUUGUGAUAUACCAGAAACACACACUAAAGCCAAAAAGGUGAGAAAAGACAAAGUCAUGGUGUACUGGGUUUCUUUUAUGGAUGGUUACCAAAGAGUUUACGCACUGGCUCAAGAUGAGAAAAUCGCACAUCAGUACAAAAUGAGAAUUAAUUCUGAGCUAAGCAACUAUGAGGUCAAUUUGUCACUGGCUAGAGUUGGAUUUUCUAUUUGCAUUCAAACAAGUGAUGGGGUCAAGGAACUGUCCUACGUGAGUUGUACAGACUCUGUUCCGAGAUGGGAAGUGAAUGUGGGCAACAAUUGGAAACAACUAGCAACAGAUGUUACUGCUUGGGUCGAGGAAAAAUAUCAAACAGAGCAAAAGAAAUGUCAGUUGAAGGAGUUUUUACAUAUCGAUCUGGAAAAAAUGCACAUGACUAAACCAUUUUUCUCUGAACUUCGAAGAACUUACAAUCCAGGAGUAUGUUUGCAGCUCCGAAAAUCCGAUACCUUUACUUUCUGCCAUUUAAAGUUACAGAGACUACAAAUAGACAACCAGCUACACGAAGCUGUGUUCCCUAGCGUGCUUUACCCUGCUCCUUUAACCCCCAACGUGAAGUCCCGUGACUUUAAGCCAUGCGUGGAUAUUGUUAUAUUAAAACAAUACAGACCGAGUCUCAACCAAGACGUGUACAAAUAUUUGAAGGUCUUAAUACAAGAGCACUGCGUCAACUUAGAUAGAGGUUUUGUUAAUCAUGUUUUUGAUAUCUUGAAUCAUUGGAAGGUUGAGGAGAAGCCUGCUGUUAGGCUCAGAGCGGACUUGGCUCUAGUGCACAUGCCUUUACCUGUUAUAGCCAUGAGGAGUCAGACCAGCGCGACGAAGGAUGUCGUGUUUGAAUAUGUUCAUUUAUCUCCGUUGAAAAUUGUUUUAAGCCUAUCAUCCAGGGGAUACUUAAAUGAGAAUGUCGAUAGUCCAACACAGAUAACGUACGGGUUAAAAGAGAAUCGACCAAAACUGUUCAACAGUGAUCUCUUGGAGUACUUGUUUAAUUCGUGGGGAUCCUCUCUUUGUGACAUGAAAGACGUUGUUCUCAGAAUGAGUUUUCUGGAAUUGCAUAACACACCGAUCAGUCUUCCUGGCUUACUGGACGCUGCUACUCGCCACUACCGCUUGCAGUUGGUGCAGCAGUUCUAUGUGCUGGUGCUCGGCCUUAAUAUUCUCGGCAAUCCGUACAGUUACAUUGGAGAUUUUUCCAAGGCACUUAAAGACUUUUAUGAGCCUUGCAUGGGUUCAGCGCGUGCCCGCCGUUCUUUAUGCUCGAUUCCAACCGUGAUAAACUUGCCUACUACUGGAGAUGAAAUACUCAAAACUAAGAUCAAACGUCGUUCUGGAGACGAUUUUGAGAUCGUUGACAAUCUUCCAGAAGCCGUGAUAGAAGCAAAUAAGAAAAACCCGGCAAGUAUAGCGUUGGCCAUAACCGGACUCAUUGGAAGACCUAACUUUGACGUGUGUCGCGAGGCGUCUCGCCUGUCACAGAGUGUGUGUGGAUACGGCGCCGACACCGCGCUGAGAGCAUGCGGUCAGCGCGCCGCCGGCAGGCUUGUAGCAAGGAAGAGAUUGCCUCGACAUUGUUCGAAUGUUGAGGGUCUCAAGCCUUACAGUGAGUGGUCGGCUCGUGGCGCGGUGUUGUUCAGGCAGCUCUGUCGCGGGCAGACCGAUGAGGAAGUGGUGGCUCAUCUGCAUUUGGGAGGCGUACCUUCCUUCACCACUCUACUUAUAACUACACAACAUGUAUAUAUAGCAUGUGCUAGCGGCGGCCGCGGCUGGCGACCUCAAUGGACGGCUAGAUUACAAGACAUCUUGGAUGUACGUGAAGACGGCUCACGGCUCAUCCUUAACGUACGACAGGACGAAGCCACGAACUACUAUUCAAGUGAUGAGAAAGUAAUAGACAUACCUGAUCCAGAUGUUUUAUUAUGGCUGCGAGGUAAGAUGGAGUGCGCGCUCGUAUACGCUCUAGAGGACAAGAGACAGGAGUAA